GGGUGAGGUCCGUGAGGAUCUCCUACCCAUUUCAAUUCAUUACCUUUGUUUCCAAACCACCACCAAACAACCGACUCUUUAAGGGAAAAAAAAAAAAAACACAUUGUGCACAUGACUUGUGCAGGCCACAAAGACGAAGGAUCAUGGUGGUUUCUUUCCGUCGAGCCAUUUAUUGCAGCAUCACUGUCUGUGGUGGGGGUGGUGGUGGCGGUGUGGCUCCACCACCGUUGUGCUAGGUUUUAUCUGGUACAAGUAAAAAUGCAACUACCACAAAUUGUUGUGAGCUCCAGCUGUACAAGUAUAAAUAAUGAGAUUAGCACUAUGUGUGGUAUACAUUUGUUAGUCUAGCCGAUCUAGAUGAAAGCAUACCAUCUUCUCUAGUGUGAACAAGUUAGAUAUGACAUCUGCAUUUCUUUCGUGGCUCCAAUAUUUCGUACCUAACUGAUGAGGAUUGUGUUAUAUAUGUCCUCCUUAUCGUCUCAGCUUCUUGGUCAUUCUUAAAUUUCUAGGUAGUUCUGUAUCUGAUCCGUCUCUAGCUAGCUUGAAAUCUUCAAAGAACAAGAAAAGGAGAAGCAAUGGGUGGAGGCAACGGUCAGAAGUCGAAGACGGCUCGACUGAGGAACUUGGAGAAGCAAAAACCUGCUAAAGGAAGCCAGCUUGACUCGAACAAGAAAGCGAUGACAAUCCAGUGCAAGGUAUGCAUGCAGGCGUUUAUCUGCACCACAACUGAGGUCAAGUGCAGGGAACAUGCAGAGGCAAAGCAUCCCAAAUCUGAUGUUUAUGCAUGCUUUCCUCACCUUCAAAAAUGAAUACUUUUAUCCCGAGAUGACGUGUGUUCAAAAUCACCUCUUGUAUUUGAAGAUUAAUCGAUUUUCGUCAUGUUUGUUACAUUGGAGAUUCUACUUCAAAUUUGGUAUUAACAAACAGAAUAAACAGCAUCCCUAAUGUAACAUAUGUAGACCAGUAAAUAGAUGUUUGAAACAAUCAAAUGCUAGCU